CAACAGGCACAAUAUUUAACCUGAGUACCAAAUCUUUGGUACAACUCAGCCUACUAUAAAUAUAGCAGCUCAGUGACUGAUGGCUCACUACAUCUACCAGACCAUGUUAGUUUUCCUUACAUCCCUUCUCUUGCUCUCUCACACCCUCGCCUCUACAGAUACCACCACCUACGAUACCUUCAAACUUGUGAGACAGUGGUAUCCCAACUCCUGCUACAAAGCCGGCCCUGCCUGCAUAUCACCACUACCUAGAGUAGUAAAGUACUGGACAAUACAUGGACUGUGGCCGAGCAAGAGAGGGAGUGCUGACCCAGUGAACUGUACCACAUGUCACUUCGACCCCUCCACCAUAUCUGACCUAGUGGACAUGAUGCACCAAAGGUGGCCCACUUACAAUAAUGGCGGAGACGCUCGAUUCUGGAAGCACGAGUACUGCAAACAUGGCACCUGCUGCACUGACCAGCUCCCGUCCCCCCACAAAUACUUCAGUACUACUCUCACUUUAAACAAUAAGCUGGACAUGGACAAGCUACUGAAAAAUGCUGGAAUCGUGCCAGAUCCCCGUGAAUCCUACACUUUUGACCAGCUCGACAAGGCGAUGAAGAAAAAGGCGACUUAUUGGUGCAGGACAGUCGCUGAGGAGGACGGUUCUUCUAGACAGCUUGUUUACCAGAUAUCUGUCUGUAUGCAUAAGAAACUAGCAUGGAUCGAUUGUUCAGCGCAGAGUAAAAAGUGCAACAGAGCUAAGCCUUUCUACCUGCUUCCCUUCAAAAAAGACAUUACCGACGAACUGUAACCUUCGUCUCUGUUAAUGUAAUUUUGAGAUGAGGUUGGAAAGGACAGAUUAUUUGUGAGAACUGUGAAUUCAAAACGAACACAAACAUUGAUGUGGUCGUGAUUUGAGAAAUCAUAGUAAAAUGUAUGUUACAUUUUGUUCGUAUGUGUAUUUGUUA